AAAACUGUCCCACAUUAGGGAGAAAACUGUCCCAAAUUAGGAACACAACUGUUGGAACACAACUGUCCCACAUUAGGGAGAAAAAUGUCCCACAUUAGGAACACAACUGUCCCACAUUAGGGAGAAAACUGUCCCACAUUAGGAACACAACUGUUGGAACACAACUGUCCCACAUUACGGAGAAAACUGUCCCACAUUAGGGAGAAAAAUGUCCCACAUUAGGAACACAACUGUUGGAACACAACUGUCACCACAUUAGGAGAAAACUGUCCCACAUUAGGGACAAAACUGUCCCACAUUAGGAACACAACUGUCCCACAUUAGGGAGAAAACUGUCCCACAUUAAGAACACAACUGUUGGAACACAACUGUCCCACAUUAGGGAGAAAACUGUCCCACAUUAGGGAGAAAACUGUCCCACAUUAGGGAGAAAACUGUCCCACAUUAGGGAGAAAACUGUCCCACAUUAGGGAGAAAACUGUCCCACAUUAGGGAGAAAACUGUCCUACAUUAGGGAGAAAACUGUCCCACAUUAGGAACACAGUCAAUGUUCCUAUAUUUCACAAUAUCUCACAGAAUUCUGAAAAAAUCACAAAAGAAAAAGUUACAAUAUUACUGUUUAUAGGAGGAUUAAUAAAUUUAACUACACUGUUUGUACAUGUGUGUGUCUGUGCACUUUGUUUUUAAGUUGUGUGUGUGUGUGUGUGUGUCAUGUUUCUUUGCAUCAUGCAUUCAUUUUACGUAGUAUAUUAGAAAAAUACAUUCUUAGAACAUUAUUAUUAUAUUUUUUCCAUCAGAAUCAACAGAUCAAGGAUGUCUAAAAUCACAACUAGCAAAAUACACGAAAUACAAAACAGACAAACAGUAAAUAAUCCUCCUCACACACACACACACACACACUCAGUGAGAGUUCUGCGCAGCCGCACGAGGGCGCUCGCGUGGUGAUGACAUGCGCUCGAGACGAGGAGGAUAUAUUUCCCUCAUCCAGGAGUCACACACACACACACACACACACACACACACGGACAUCAUCACAUCCAUAACCUCCGAGAACUAGAUCAGCUGUCAGACAUUCACUGCACUGUAAAUUCACUGGACUCGCGAGCGAAUGAUUCUUCUGCAGUGUCAAGCAUUUCUUUAGGGAAUAGAUCUGGAAACGGGAUAAUAACCAUGUCACUGUAUCCAUCUCUAGAAGACAUGAAGGUGGAUAAAUUCCUGCAGGCCCACAGCCCGUACGCGAGCCCAUCAAAAGCUCUGGCUCUUCCUGAGCCUUCCCAAACCCAGAAUGAGCCGAAAGCUGAAGAGAACGGAGCUUCUGGAAGUUUAUACCCGGAUCUGAAUGAGUUCAUGGGUCUAAAUCUCAAUGCAAACGCUUUACAAACUCUUUCCUCUUCAGUCACUGACCGGACCAGUGCGGCUCUCGGUGGAUCGAGCUGGACGCCAGCUCCUGUAACAGGAAGUGACACGGCGAUCUGGAGGGCGGCUCCUGUAACAGGAAGUGACCUGGGCGUGAAGAGGGCGGAGAUUCGGCAGGGCGUUCGGGAGGUUGUUCUGUGCAAAGACAUGGACGGGAAGAUCGGCCUCCGCCUCAAAGCCGUAGAUAAUGGUGUGUUUGUGCAGUUGGUGCAGGCGAACACUGCGGCAGCGUUGGCAGGGCUUCGCUUCGGUGAUCAGAUUCUGCAGAUCAAUGGCCAAUCCUGCGCUGGCUGGAGCAGCGAUAAUGCACAUAAAGUGCUGAAGAACGCCAACCCUGAGAGGAUCAGUCUGGCUGUGCGGGACAGGCCACUGGAGCGCAGCGUUACUCUCCACAAGGACCUGAACGGCCAGCUGGGCUUCAUCUUUAAGAAGGGUCGCAUCAGCUCCAUCGUCCAGGACAGUUCUGCGGCGCGCAACGGCCUGUUGACGGACCACCAGAUCUGCGAGAUCAACGGCCAGAACGUCAUCGGACUCAAGGACUCCCAAAUCAUGGACAUCCUUAACUCCAGCGGAGGCGUUGUCACGGUAACCGUCAUGCCGGUGGUGAUCUUCGAACACAUGAUGAAACGGAUGUCCAGCAGUAUCGUAAAGUCACUAAUGGAUCAUUCAAUCCCUGAAGUGUGAGAAGCUUCGGAGCGAACUCGCAUUCGCCCAAUCGUCACGCAAAGAAAUGAGAUAUUUAUGGAAGCUUGUUUCCGCCAUUGAAUAAAAAAUAUAAUAAAGAAUUGUGACUUUUUAUCUUACAAUUCUGAC